CUUCCGACGGAAUUGUUGUGGGUGUUGGAACUGGAAGCGAAAGUGAAAGCAGAUGUUAGGUGUGUGAUGUUACAUGUGUCAAAUAACUCGACCAGUCAAGAAGCACGACGUGUACGAGUUGAAAUGACAGUCCAAUAGUGCAGUGAAAGCUGUCAGUUAAAUUUUAUGGCGCUAACUUCUGGAACAGGAGUAACUGUUGACACGUUUUCCCUUCAUGUUUAAUGAGUGAAUAUAAGGAAUGAAGCCUGUUAGUGAUAACACAAGGUGAUAGUGGCUGGGCAGAAUAAGCGAUUCGUCAGAGUCUUACGUAUUGUUAAAGAUACCACGUUUUUAUGUAUCAUUUGAAAGAAAUAAGACUCAGAUAUAAAACAGUUACUAGAAGAGACGAGAAACAGAGAACUAGUGGAUAAUGUGUUUUAUAACAAAUAUUCAGUGUAGAUCCCGGUUGUUGUGAUAUAUUACUAAUUUUAUCAGGACAUCCUUAAACAGUAUGUUUUACGGAGGUACAACAGUGAAUGAUGCGACGCAACAUAAGAAGCAUCUGUCGAUUCCUGCUGUCGGCUGCUGCAACAGUGGUGCUGACAGUGUUGGUUUUUAGACUCAUUCGUCAGAAUGAAAUCAUGGCACCCAGACUGGAAGCUCAUGGUGCAGAGCCACUGCCGCCACAGGCUCAACAUUUGGUGAAUAAUAAAGCAGCUGCUGGUGCAUCUGAAAAAAUUGAUUGGCACGAUUACAAGCAGAUUGAGAGAGAUGCCUUACGCAAGGGAAUUGGUGAACACGGGAAACCAGCAAACCUUAGUCCUGAAGAGUCCGCACUUAAAGAAUCUCUGUACAGAGAAAAUGGUUUCAAUGCUCUCCUCAGUGAUAAGAUUGCUCUGGACCGAGCUUUACCUGACAUACGCCACAAGGGGUGCAAGUCAAAGAAGUACUUGAAAAAACUUCCCACAGUGAGCAUCAUUGUUCCAUUUCAUAAUGAACACUGGAGCGCACUUCUGAGGACUGUCGUCAGUGCGAUCAACAGAUCUCCCCCAGAAUUACUCAGGGAGAUAAUACUUGUUGAUGAUUUUAGCUCUAAAGAGCAUUGCAAAGAGAAGCUUGAUAAAUAUGUAGCUGAAAAUCUACCCAAGGUCAAAGUUAUUCACUUACCUGAAAGAUCUGGUCUUAUUCGGGCACGUUUGGCUGGUGCAAGAAAAGCAACUUCAGAUGUUCUUAUUUUCCUUGACUCACAUACAGAAGCUAAUGUUAACUGGCUUCCACCUCUCUUAGAACCAAUUGCAGAAGAUUAUCGUACUUGUGUCUGCCCUUUCAUUGAUGUCAUUGCGUAUGAAACAUUUGAGUACAGAGCUCAAGAUGAAGGAGCUCGUGGUGCUUUUGACUGGGAGUUUUUCUACAAGAGGCUACCACUUCUACCUGAAGAUCUAAAACAUCCAACAGAACCUUUUAGGAGCCCAGUAAUGGCUGGAGGAUUGUUUGCUAUCAGCUCUAAAUUCUUUUGGGAACUGGGUGGCUAUGAUGAGGGACUUGAAAUCUGGGGAGGUGAACAGUAUGAGCUCUCUUUCAAGAUUUGGCAGUGUGGUGGACAAAUGGUAGAUGCACCAUGUUCUCGUGUGGGCCACAUUUACAGAAAGUUUGCUCCAUUUCCUAAUCCAGGGAAAGGCGAUUUUGUUGGAAGGAAUUAUAGGCGUGUUGCUGAAGUAUGGAUGGAUGAAUAUAAAGAAUAUUUGUAUAAAAGAAGACCUCAUUAUCGAAAGAUUAAUCCUGGUGACCUCAGCAAACAAAAGGAACUCAGGGAAAGAUUGCACUGUAAGCCAUUUAAGUGGUUUAUGGAGGAAGUUGCAUUUGAUCUCCCAAAGAAGUAUCCACCUGUUGAACCACCAGAUUUUGCUUAUGGAGAGAUACGUAGUGUGGCUGCACCAGAGUUAUGUGUUGAUACAAAUUUUGUUGGAACUGAAAAACCAUUUGGUUUGAAGGAAUGUGUGAAAGAUCGGAAAAAUGCCAAAGGACAGCAGAACUUCACAUUGACGUGGCAUAAGGAUAUUCGUCCCACUGGGCGCACAGUGUGUUGGGAUGUAUCUAGUACUGAGAGUAAGGCGCCUGUAACCCUCUACGGUUGCCAUGGUUUACAGGGGAACCAGUUGUGGAGGUAUGAUCCGGUGAACCAGUGGCUUGUGCAUGGAGGAAAUCCACGGUGCUUGGACUGUGAUCCAGGUAGUCUAAAAAUGUAUGUUACCAAGUGUGAUGGUGCAUCUUUAACACAGAAGUGGAGGUUUGAAAAUAUUGAUUUCAAAGCUUUAGCAAAUUGGGACAAUGUUGGGCCUCAUUGAAUUUUGGUAGUAUUCCUCAUCAAUUUGUUCUCAUGAGUCAUAUAAAAAGAAAAGAAGCUAUAUAAUCAAUAUUUGACACAACAGUGUGAACUUGAAAAGUACAUAUGUUUUAGUUAAAUAAUUAGUGUGUUACGUUCUGUGUGGUCUCUCUUCACAUGGUAAUAGGUUGGCUUUACUUCAAAUAGCUAGCUUGACAAUUUCAUUGUUUAUUGACACUGGAUUUAGUUUAAAUGUUUACCCAUUGUAUGAAAAUGAGGACAACUUGAUGAUUAGUAAUGUACUGGAGACGGUAACUAUAUAAAUGUAAUUAUUUUCAGUUUUCAACUGUGAACUCAAUGGGUGUGCUUGUUGUCACUUGCUUACAAAACAUACACUGAAGAAAAUAAGUAGCUUGCAUGAGUGCAUACGUGUAUCAGUUCCUUUUUCUAAAGUGCUAAAUAAAAAAUUGACAGGUUAAUCUUCUGCAUGAGUUGCACUAUUGAUAUUUGAUCUCUAAAAGACUGAUAUCCAUUGAAAUAAUUACUAAUGAAGGGUGCUCAAUUUUGCAUUUAUUUAUUUGUAGUCUGAGCUAAAAGGUUUGGAUGCUGUUUUCUCUUCCUGCAUAGGGUAAACAAUUUUGUACUGUUGGGGUGUAAUUGUUCUGGGAUUUACAUGUAUUUUUUGUUUUGGUAAAAGUGUGCAGCUUCAUGUUUGAAAACAGAUUUUGUAAUCUAUCCAGCUAUAGUUUAUCAGUACGGAAAAUGUGUUGUUGCCAUACAUCACAUAUUGUAAAAGUGAAAGAAGUAUCCGGCAAGAAUGAAGAUGCCACAUUCUGUACAGAUGCUUUUCACAAUGCUAGCAGAAACAUGUAGAAGUAGAACUGCAUAUGUGAAUUUAUUGUUUUGACCUUUUUAUAUACUGUACCAAAUGCAUAUCUUGUCAUUUUGGUGUCAUGCUAACUUACUGUUUCCUUUCUGGUUUCUAAUAACACUAUAUUUUCUUCUGUUUGAAUCCCAAUUCAUGUUUUGGUUCAAGAAACAUAGGUUCAGUAGUUAUUUUUCUGUUUCUGAUUUUUUUCGCUACCAACAUAUUAACUUCAUCUCAAAUAUUUAAUCCUAGCCUGUUUACUGUAAAUUAUAUGAAUGGAAGAAAGCAAAUUUCCUGUAAGAGUACUUUUUGAUGUCUGUGACACAUGUGUUUGACACAAAAAACAAUGGAUCAGUUUGCCAUUUAUUUGCUUACAACCUUCUUUAACUGGUUGAUACGAAUGUAAAUGGUUCGUAUAACUGCUCUUAAUAACUACAGUUAUUGUUUGAUUCGGAGUUGAAUCAGUUUGGUAAAUUGUACACAUUGGUACCAAAACAUAUUAAUUUUGAAACCUACAUAGUUUUCUUUGAGUUAACCACUUCAGUGUUUGUUGAGAGAGAAACUGGGAGAAUGUGUUAACCAGUACGGUUGAGGGAGUCCCACAUUAACAAAAUUAAUUAUGGGAAGUCUGAUUUAAAAUAUCUGCCAUAAUUUAUCCAACUUUCCUUAAUUUAUUCUUGUCUUUUAUAAUACAUAUUGAUUAAGUGGUGCAGGCAGCUGUUUUUCCCCAGGUGUCAGCUUCUUCCCCUAAUUGUAUUUUUCAGUCAAUAGUUCAGAUUCUUUUAUAAGUUUAUACAGUAAGGGAGCUAAUAGAAGUGUCAACAUUAAACAUGGGCUGGAACAUAGUAUUUAUGAGAGUACUAAUCCAAAUAGCAGAAACACUGAUGUUGGCUAGAUUGGAUGUGGGGGGAAAUGGAAGGUGUGUGCUGUGGGGGAAGAGGAAUAGGACAAGAUAAAAGAUAGGGUCAGAAAAGAUAUUACUUGAGUGGAACAUGUGAGUACAUGUAAGGCCAGUGUGGGGAACUGCUUAGAGAAACAUUCAGAACAAAGAAGAGAAUACAGAGGGGCAGUGAAAGAUCCGUCAUACUCCAAGGAUAAAAUAACGAUUAGUUACAAGUGAUGAUGCAGUGUGAAGUAGAAAAGUUAAAAGUUGAGUGGAAGGUUUGUGUGGGAAGGCACUUAAUCAGUCCCUCCUACUAUGGCCCCACCACCUCCCCCUGCACAGUCUGUUUUCCUCAACAUUUCUGCUAUAAUACAACUGUUAUUAUCAUAUAUUCUAAAGAGAAAAAUCAUGAAAAUAUAUUUUGUGCCAAGGUUUAAAAUUAUAGAAACAUAAAGGGCUUGAAAUAAAUGCUUUUUAAUUUAUUGGUUUUUAUAUACACAAUGUUGAGAUAAGAUGAUAGUUCAUAAAGUGUGGUCACUAGUGCAACAAAAGAGUUUAGCAUAGAGAUACAUUUCCUUUUAUCCAAAGUCCCUUUUCUUAUAUCUGACUUGAGAGCUAUAUGUUAUGUUACGUGAAGUCCUCUCCACUUCCAUUUUAUGUGCCUGCUGCAAAAUCCAUGUCCAACUGAGAUUGUGUUCUGUUGUCACUGAAUGGUCUGUAGGUGUAAUGGUGACUUUAAAUUGUCCCCCUUUUCCUUUUUGUGUCUUUUCUCAUGAUAAGAACUCCUCAGUGUUCUCUCUCUCUCUCUCUCUCUCUCUCUCUCUCUCUCUCUCUCUCUCUCUCUCUCUCUCUCUCCCCCUCCCUCCCUCCCUCCCUCUCUCCCCCCCCUCCCUCUCUCUCUCUCUCUCUCCCCUCCCCCCUCUCCCUCUCCCCCAAGAUAUAAAAAGGCAAAAUAGUUUCUACUUUGGUAAGCAUUAUCAUAAUUCACAUUUCUUUUCUCAUGGAAAGUAAAAAUGACAUACCCUAAAUUAGGAACCACAUACCAUACUGAAGUUUCUGAAAAUUUUAUUCAAAAUGUUACGAAGCUUAUAACUGAUGAAGAUGCAGUCUUAUAUUUUAGGAUAUUGCCGCUUGGUUUGAUUAUAAAUUUCUAUUGUAUGGUAGAUGAUAAAUUUUUACUAAUAACCAGCAUUUCUCCAUUUGUAAUCAUCAUAUUUUUCUUCCAUUUCUAUAGAAUACCUUCUUUGGAGCCCAUGUCUUAAUUCACUAUGUCUUCAAACCUGAUCUUAUUCUCUGUGUGUAUAAUGGUCAUUUGACACUAUGUUGAAUGUUAAGAAUUUUCAUCCUAGGCUGUUUGUCUCUCCAUGUUGGCUUUGUCCUUCUCAUGAGAUCUCUUACCUGAGACGUAAAGAAAUUCUGAACUCAGUUCAUUUCCCAUACUUUUCUCUCAUUGUACUAGCAUCUUACUGGUACAUAAAAAUGGUAAUAUUAUUUGUGUAAUUUUGUGCUAGAUCUUUCUUGAAACUGAAGCUUUUCAUAUAUGAACAUUGCAUAUGCAGCUAUCUUGCAGUCUCUUUAACUUCCCACUCUCCAGUAUUAUACACUUACACAUGCGAAGACUUCCCUCCCAUUCAUUAUCUGCUUUGUAUUCUCAUGACACUUUUCCUUUAAAACAUAGUUACUGGUACAUGCUUCAUUAUGAGUUAUUUAUAGUAAGGUUCCAUCCACUUUGAGUUCAGUACAUUUUGAUACCUGUUGAGCAGGAACAGACACCAUUUAUUGAUAUUUUCCUAGUAAUAUAUACCAGUUUGAGGAGAUACUGCCAGCAACUGUACCUGUGCAUACUAUUUUUUCUAUAGUGCCUUACCGUACACUGUAUAGUGGAAACAAACUGACUGUUACACUCUAAAUUCUGCUUAUCAUUUGUAUAUUUUUGGUAAAUUGAACAUCAAACACAUCAUUAUAAAAAGAAAGUUGUUGUUAUUGUAAUGUUUUCAGUGAAUUAUUUGAACAUCUGAACAUUAGAGUUUCUAUAAGUUGUUGUGAGAGAUGUCAUGUAAUUGAUGUUCUUAGUAUUGAUGAAUGCUUGUUUACUAUUGAUCUCAAAAUGGAAACAAAUAUGUAACAUUUGUAAAUACACUGAUGGAAUACAGUGAAGAACAUUCAAAGCCAAAGUUGGUUACAAGAUAACGGCAACAGUAUUUAAUAUUGAUUAAAAUAAAGAAUGCAUUUGACAUGUAUAACAAUAUUUUAGUAGCAUGUAGAGCAACUCCCUAAUGUAUCGUGCAAAGCAAAUAAUCCAUUGUGCAAUAUCUUGCACAAAUGUCUCCUUGUUGCACAUUUUGGCAUGGCAGGUUGACUGUUGUUUGUGGGCAUAAAUUGGAGGUUAGGUGUCACCCAACUGUGUCUCAUUAACUCAAUAGGGCCAGGGACCAGGGUAGAAGUAGUACAUCUAUGUCUACAUCUAUAAUCAGGAAACCACACACAGUGAAGUGCAUGGCAGAGGAUACUUCCCAUUGUACCUCAUGUUAAGGUGUUGUCCUGUUCUGCUCAUGUGUGUGGCAUGGGAAUAAUGACUUCUUAAAUGCUUGUGUACACAUUGUAAUUAGUGUACUGUUUUCAUUGUGGCAGUCUGUGAAAACCAUAUUGUAGCACUGUUGGGAUGCUGCUGAAAGAUUGUCACACAAGGUCCAGAUAUUGUUGAAGGACAGAAGUAACAGGAUACUGAAUAAUGUAUCAUUUUAUGCUCAAGGUAUUUAGGAUAUAUAUCUAAUUCCAUAUGAUUUUCUUAUUUACUACUUAAUUACUAGUGUAUGGCUUGAAUGCUGGGUGUGAACAUAAGUUUUCCUAGCCACUUUAUGCUGACUUGGAGAUGAACGUGAUGUCACUUUGAAACUUCCAUUCAUUUUUCCAGUUUACUCUUGAUAGACACCAUCAGAUAUAUUAUUGUUUUUGAAAUAAUGUCAAGGGAAAAAAUGCUAAAGGAAUGUGAUGAUGUAGAUUCACUUCCACCAAGUUGUUAUUUGUUGUUCAUGUACGUAGCACAAUGUCAAGAGAAAGGUUCCAAUUAAAUGUGAAAAUACUGGCUCACUUCCAGAAAGUGAGUGUUAAUAGAUGUGCAAAUGAACUGAUGUCAAGAGUAUAAGUGGCAAAAAAACACAGAAAACUUACUGUACAUUCAAGCAUACCUUUGAGGGGCAUAGUGACUGAGAUUUCUGCCAGUUUCAGUUCAGUAGAUCGGGAGGCCCUUAUGACCCUCUUGUACAGACUUUUGUAAUGUAUUGAGACUGCACGGAUAGGUUUUGGCUGUUGUGAGAAGUUUCUGUUUCCCACGAUUUCCAGCACUGAUUCCUCACAACCCACACAUUUUGUUCUUGUGCUCAGUAUUUAACUGUCCAUCUGCAACUCCACUACUUGUCCAUGUGUAGAAUAGACAAUUUUUGUUGCCUUCUUGACAUUGCAGAGGCAUAUGUGAUCUGUGCACAAUGGAAAUGCGGACUCAGCUGGUAUCUUUGUGUAAUUAGGCACCAUUAAAUAAAGGACUUUGUUGCAUGUUGUCAUGUUACUCAGUUGCAUGUAGGACAAGUAUCAAAAAAUAAUUACUGCACCUCCUGCGCACACAUAUUAUCUGUUUUACAACUAUUUCAUAUUGGGUGAUGUUCUUCAGUGCAUUUCCAUUUGUGUAUAACAGCAAAAUCAGUGUAGAAAAUGUUUACUAUUUAGUAUGACUAUUUCAGUCAUGCACACAAAUUAUUAUACGUCUGUGAUCACUGUUGUCUUCAAAAUACUAUGAAUGUUGUUUAUAUGAGAGAAAAAUAGGAAAAAAAAUGAGAAGAAACCAUUUCACAAUUUCAUUGUGAUCAGCUUAUGAAAUUUCCCUAUUUUAUUUUAUAGCUCUAUUCAACUGCGUCAAAAAGAUGGACCAAAUUCUAUGUUGCUUAAGUCUAGUAUUUAAGUGGUGCUGUCAGCAGAGAAUAAUCUGUGAUAUGUUGUAUGGAUUAUAUUCCACAGUAUUGUUAUUGUCUUAUUCAGAGUGUGAUCCUUUGAUGUUUCACAUUUAUAAAUUCUGCUGUGAUGUGCUAAUUCAAGCAAAAAAUAAAGUAACAAAUAAAAUAUGAUAGCCACAUCUUUAUUGCCCUAAAAGCUUUUGAUGUGCCAGUUGAGUGGCCAUCUUCAUAUGAGUAGUGUAUGUAUAAAUUUUUAAUAACACUGUCUUUUACAUAUUCCUGACACUCAAACUCCGCUAAAAAUGUCCAUUAUGAAGUAAGUUAUUCAGUUUGUACCUUUUUAAGACUGUGAUUCAGUUGUGUUUCUAACAACUGUUAUACCUUUUCAAGGAGGAACUCGUGAUGUGUUUUUAGUCACUGUCAUAAUAAAUCAGUAAUUAUGUUUAUAAAAAUGUUAUUUGAAUUUAUUGCAGAAAUAUCAUGUAUUUUCCCAGCACAGAAGAUAAUAAAGUUGAUUCUCUGGAA